AUGGACUUCUCUCUACGACAACAGACGUCAAUAGCCUCAUACGACCGAGAAAACGGAAGAGAUACGUCACGACAAAGACAUGUUCCUCCAUUGUCGAUCAGAGACGGCAGCCACCACGUCACGGAGACCAUCAGCCAAAUGUAUGAAGAUGACUAUGAUCGGAGGAAUUCGAAUCGACUGAGUUUCGUUGCAACACAGCAAGAUGAAACCAUCUCUACCACCCCAAUUGCUAGGAAUAACGCCGAUUCCCGCACCUCUCCGCACCGGUUGCAACACCUUCCAAUCAGAACGGGUUCGUUUGAUAAACAAAGACCGAACGGGCAACAAGGGUCCCCCCGAGAGAGCGGUGGACAACGGAAUAAUGGAGAAUUAUCACCUGGAUUGAGUCGUGCUGCGGCAACAGAGACCACAACUACUGCCUUUGAAGUCAACGAUCUUGAUUAUGGGUCAAACCCUGCGGCUGUUGCGCAGGAGCUAAAUAACUUGGCUGCACUCAGGAGGAUGUCAAUGGAUGUCGGUGCGAUUGAUCCAGAUUUGCCAUCCUUCGGGUCCGGGUUCAGUAUGCCAUCAAUCGCACCGUCCCCCUCUGCUGGAGAGGACGAUACCUCCAGAUUGUUUUGGGUUCCAGCCCGUUUGCAUCCCGGGAUAGCCCCAAAGGAAUUUAAAACCUUUCUCGAAAGCAAGGCAGAACAAAUCAAGAGGCGAUCAGGAGAACUAUCAUUCUUGGACCCUAGCUUAGGCAUGCAACAAGGUGCGGGCGGUGAGCUGCGAAGAAAGAAGUCGAUGCUGUCAAGACAAGUGGAUUCAUCGAGUAUUAGCAGCAGCCGUUCCGAUAGUAUUAGAUCGGCGCCUGCAUCGAGCCUCCAGGCACUAGCAGAAGAAGCAUCGUCUAGCGCAUUAUCAAAUCAUUUUGCUGAUGACAAGCCCAUCUUACCUCUCGCUCCCCCUGGUCAUUCUUUACGAAGAUCCACACGCACAACAUAUCGGAAAGGCAGCUUACGGGCCGGCGAGAGAGUUCCAAGACGAUUCCCAAGACAAUCAGACCCAAAUUCGGAUGCUGCUUUACGCAGAUCUCCGCCGCCACUGGAGGAAACGCCAAUUCUUGGGCUCACCAGGGUUUCUACCGAUCCGACUCCGGUGCUCAACAGCCCAACAAGCUCCUCGCGACUUGCUCCCCACAGGAGCCUCACGCCUGGAGACAGUUCUGACGCUGGUCGUGAAUCGCGGCAAGAACGUCCAAACCUAGGCCUGCGGACUAUUUCUACACACGCAUCGACCCCCCAUACACCAUCGACUCCACGUUCGAUUCUCAAAGAUUCUCCAACACAUAUCCAACACGACAACAUACACUCUGCCGACGCAAUCUCUCCUAUUCAGCCGCAACAACAUUUUAUUCCAGAACGAAAAUCUUCCCAUGGUGCACCACCUUCACUUCCGCCACAAAUGCCACUACCUCCAGAGCCUACCACGGCCAGGCCAAGGAAAACAUCUAGUAAACAAGGUAAAGAAAUUCCCCUAGCAUUGAAAAUUGCCAGCCAUCUACCCCCACUUUCCGAAGGCAUGAGGACAGAUUGCUUACGAGUGGUGACAUCCAUAGCAGAAGACAAGAAGCCAGAAAAGAAGACAAAGGAGAAGAAGGACCCGGAAGGCGGUCGAAAGUCAAGUUGGCAUUGGCGGCGAAGUACCGAAGAUAAGGACAAAGAUAAGAAGAAGGACGAUGAAGGGAAAAAACACAAAUCAAAGUCGAGCAGAUCAGGGGAUAAAAUGCAUGAUAACACCCGCCUUGACGUUUUGCAAACCUCUAUUGAUGGCGUCAAACCACGCGAAAGCGUGAUAAUUGACCGUUCGGGUGACGACGACCGGCGAAACAAAAAGGCAGAUAAUUAUGAAUUCAAAAAGGAGAAGGAAUCCGGCCUCUUCUCAUCCAUAUUCGGCAGCAAAAAGAAGGCGAAUCCGCGACGUGCAUUGUAUUCGCAAGUCCUUCUCAGCAAUUUCAUGUAUUCAUAUCUUGCGAAAGUCCAACAGAUGCAUCCACAUAUGAGUUUGCCUACGUCCCCAGCGCAAAAUCAGCAGCGGAAGAAAGAGCUACACCAGCAGCAACAGCAGCAGCAGGAGCAAGCUGAUGAAUAUUCUCAGUAUCAAGAGUACCAACAGGGCCAGGAACAUGAUCAAUACGGCGAGAGCGUAUCUUACGUAGACGAUGAGCGUAUGUACUAUGAUAUGGAAGGAAACGGCGCUCAUAAUCACAGCACAAACCAUGACCCUGGAAACGAGUGGGUACCUAGACAUAACCAACGGACGACUUCAAACGAAAACGACGACGACGACGAUAUGUGGUGA